AUGGCGUCAAAAGCUCCGAUCGAGAACGCGAAGCCGGAUCCCACAGCCGAGGAACUCCUGGCAUUGUUUCGCGAUGUUCGGGAGUUCUUCCCAAAAGCCCUUGGGGAUGAAAAGUGGUAUUUGAUGCUAUUCACAACCCUCACAUACGCCCUCCCAGACCCCACCGCCCUCGCAUCCCUCUACACCUAUCUAAUCUCCCUUCCCGAAUACUCGACUCCUUCGUCCCGACAAGCUCUAAUCCGGCGUAUCCGCGAAGCCCUGGUCAAAGUCGUCUCCCUCAUCGGUGUUGCCAAACCCCUGUUAGUUAUCUGGACCAUCGCCACCAUCGAACGCGAAGAAGACCGAGAUUUCUCUUUCACCCGGAAAGAUUGGAAAUGCGAUCCAGAGAACCUCGAAAAUGGGUUGAACUGGUUGAAAACAAUAUAUCGAGGGGAUAGUGAGGAAGUUGACAGGAGGUUUAGAGGACAUGAUGAUUUUAGGUGGAUUAGUUACAAUAUUACCUAUGGACUUUAUUUAUCGGACCAUAGUGUUUUGGACCCCGUGGAAUCGGAACUUGUGGUUUUGUGCGGAUUGUUGAUACAAAAUUUGGCGCCGGUGACGGCCUUUCAUUUGAGGGGCCUAAGGAGAGUGGGUGUCAAAAUGGAGGACGUCGAGGCGAUUCAUGUUUGUUGUGAGAAGGUGGCCAAGGUAUGCGGGAUACCUUUGGAUAAGGUGCCCAGAGUGGCGGAUAUUGAGCAUCUUGUUCCGUGGGAGCAAGAUAAAGAGACCUCGAUUCCUGAGGGUAAAAACAAAGGAAAAUCAAAGUUGUAA